AUCACCCCUAGCCAGGAAAGCGACGAUUCCGGCAUAGAUGCCAUUGAGCCGGCCUAUUACGACGAGGAACCAGUCAGCGUCCACUACGCCGAAGAGCGCGAAGAUCCUACAGAGUGUCAGAGUCCAGAGUGCUAUGUUGAACUGCAAGCGGAUCCUCCUGAUGACAACACCUGGACUGAUGUGCAACAUGCUGCACAGAAGUUUAUUCAGCAGUUUCUGGUCGGAAUCCAUGGUUGU